CUCCUCUCUCUCUGUCUCUUUAUAUCGUUCCUUUAUGGAUAAAUCUGAAUCAAAAAGAAACAAGCAUGACGCAUAUUGGCAUCAGUUAAAUCACUGGACUGAUUCCUUAUUCGGUCACUCAUCACAGUCUAUAUUACCAACCAAUCAACAACAGCAACAAGAGAAAAGAAAGCGUUGGGUCAGGCUACUUGUGUUAUUCUACAUAAUCUUUUCCAUCUUGCUCACAUCAGCUCACUUCACACGUUGGUUCUUUCAACUCUUCUCUCAACACAAAACAAGAGACACUUUUCAUAUUGACCGUACUUAUGAUGCUGAUUUAUCAUACUCGGCCAUCACAACUAUGCCCCAUGGCUUAAAACUAUCCAAAAUGUUUCCCAAGAGUGAAUAUGACGCAUUAAAGGGAGUAACGCCCUUUUGGCAGCCAGCAUCGCAGCCAUCUGAUGAAAGCGAUGUUAGUUUAUUGACCAACGUAUCUCCGGAAUCAUGGAAAGAACUCGUUGCACUAGCCGAAAAUUAUAAUGGCCCUAUUUCUGCUACACUUCAUGUAUCUAAGCAAGCUCAUAAAGACGUUUUAAAUGAUAUCGAACAAGAAUACCGUUCAAAGCCUUCUCUUUAUCAAAAUGUUGAUAUUCAUCUCAUCGAAACCUCAGGGCACAACAGUAUUUCGGUCUUACUACCCAUGAAUGCCGAAAGAAACAUUGCUCGAGUGUACGCAAGAACGAACUAUGUCUGCGAUACGCCUUCAAGUGUCAUCUUACCUACCGAUUUACGUCGAACGAUCCACACAUAUACCAAACAAAUGCAGCUUGGUGAUAUGCUCGUGGUGCCUACAUUUGAAAUCCAACAACAGGUAGUAUCUGCCAAUGAUAUCCCGCGCACAAAGAAGGAAGUCCUCGGUUUGGUGAACGAAGGCAAGUUGGGUCUAUAUGAUGUUCAAUUCAAACUGAAUGAAGGACCUACUGAUUUGGAAAAGUGGAAAAAGGCAAAGGAUGUGUAUAAAGUAGAGAAUUAUACGAUUGAUUAUGAACCAUUGGUAAUUCAGAGCAAAACAGUUCAACCAUGGUGCUCUGAACGAUUUGUAGAUAAAAGAUCAGCUUGCCUAUUAUCCAGUUACCUGGCUGGAAAUGAUUUCUUGGUGCUGCCUAAUGAUUUUGCUAUUUAUAAACCAUCGGCAAGAAAGCAUCUUGUUUCGGAUUUAGAUAGAGUCAUUGAAAAGAGACUGUACUCCAAGUUUUAUUGGGAAGAAUGUGUAUACCAUGCAAGAGAAUUGGAUUCUAUGGGCUUAUGGAAGACUAGUAAAUCAAACCAUAUUAGACAGCAAUGUUCUCGUAUCAUUCAAAAUUGGGGUAAAGGUUUAAUAGGAAAGCCUGAAUGAUAAUAAUAAAAUAAAAAUAAAUAAAAUAUCUCUUUUU